UUACACGUAUAGUCGCAAGAUUUCGAGAUAAAUACAUGUAAGAAACACUAUGACCUAAUCCACAAUCUUAUUAGAGCUACAAAUCAAAGAAAAAGAAAAAAGAAAAAAAAAACACAAAACAAGAAGCAGAAGAGAUAAACAUGGUGUAAGAGUAGGGGCCCCCACCCCCAAACCCAAAAAUAUUAAAUUUCUUUAUUACCAUAACUAUUACCUCUUUCCUCCCAACAAAAUUCAAACUCAUGUUCCUGUCUUGUUACUCCAAAUAACCCAAAUGACUUCCCCACCGCCAACCAUUUUCCUCCACCUCCUCUCUCUCUCUCUUCUACCUACCUGAUUUUUUUAACCGUGGCUCCUGAAUCCAUCUAAAUCCCUACCCAAACCCUCUCCAAAUCUCAAUGGCGAAGCUGGUGGUGGAAGUUCUCGACGCCAGCAACCUCAUGCCCAAAGACGGCCAUGGCAGCGCCUCCCCUUUUGUCGAAGUCGAAUUCGAGGAGCAGCACCACCGAACUUCAACUAAGCACAAAGAUCUCAACCCUUAUUGGGAUGAGAAGCUCGUCUUCAACAUCAAGAACCCCAAAGAUCUCCCCAACAAAGCAAUCGACGUCCAAGUCUACAAUGAUAGUAAGCAAGGCCACAAGAAUUUUCUCGGAAAAGUCAGGAUUUCCGGCAUGUUUGUGCCUCACUCCGAGCAAGAAUCCAUGGGCCAGAGGUACCCUCUCGAGAAAAGAGGCCCCUUUUCCCACGUCAAGGGCGAUAUCGCCUUGAAAAUAUACACCGCGCAUGGCGGCGGCGGCGAUAGGUUCGAGGAGGUUCUCAACCACGAUGCGGGCAACGUCGAGGAUCACCACCACCACCACCAUCCCAAGCACAAGGAGAGCGCUCCACCGCCGUUGAAGGAGAUCAACACUGACGAGUUUUUCUACAAGGAGAGCCACGACAGGAGCAAAAAGAAAAACAGGGAGAAGGAGGUCCGCACCUUCUACUCCAUUCCGGGCGGGGGAGGGGGGCCGCCGCCCCCGCCGGCUGAGAGGCCGCCGGUCUUCGAGAAGCGGGGAGACUUCGCCAAGGCCGGGGGAGCUCCCGCUGCCACCGUGAUGCAAAUGCAGUUCCCGGGGCAGAAGCCGGAGUACGGCGUGGUGGAGACCCGGCCGCCGUUGGCUGCAAGAAUGGGGUAUUGGGGCAGAGAUAAAACCGCCAGCACCUACGAUUUGGUGGAGCAGAUGAAUUUCCUAUAUAUCAGUGUUGUGAAAGCGAAAGAUCUACCUGUGAUGGACAUCUCCGGCAGCCUUGAUCCUUAUGUAGAAGUGAAAGUAGGUAACUACAAAGGUGUCACAAAGCAUCUGGAGAAGAAUCAGAGUCCAGUUUGGAAUGCAGUCUUCGCAUUCUCAAAGGAGACGCUGCAGAGCAACCUGAUUGAAGUUACAGUCAAAGAUAAGGAUUUCGUCAAGGAUGAUUUCGUGGGGAAGGUGGUAUUCGAUGUUGCAGAAGUGCCACAGCGCGUGCCACCGGAUAGCCCUCUUGCUCCGCAGUGGUACAAAUUGGCAAACAAGAAUGGUGAGAAGCGCCCUGAUCAUGGCGAGAUCAUGCUUGCGGUGUGGAUGGGGACACAAGCCGAUGAAUCAUUCCCGGAGGCCUGGCAUUCCGACGCUCAUAACGUCAGCCAGCAUAGCCUCGCCAGCACCAGAUCCAAAGUGUAUUUCUCGCCUAAACUCUACUACCUCAGAGUGCACAUCAUGGCAGCUCAAGAUUUGGUGCCCUCCGAUAGAGGGCGAAUGCCUGAUCCGUACGUCAAGGUGCAGCACGGCCAUCAAAUCCGUGCCACUAGGCCUUCCUCGAUGAAGCAUAUCAAUCCGGAGUGGAAUGAGGAGCUCAUGUUUGUUGCAUCCGAGCCGUUUGAUGAGUAUAUAUUCAUUAGUGUGGAGGAUAGGGUUGGACCGGGGAAGGAUGAGAAUAUUGGGGUGGUCAUCAUACCUGUAAGGGAAGUUCCACAGAGAAUCGAAACUUCCAAGCUGCCUGAGCCGCGGUGGCAUGCUCUGCAGAAGCCAUCCAAGGCGGAGGAGGAAGGGGAGAAGAAGAAGGAGGUCAAGUUCGCCAGCAGGAUCCUUCUCCGGGUCUGCAUUGAUGCAGCCUACCAUGUUCUUGAUGAGUCCACGCAUUUCAGCAGCGAUCUUCAGCCCUCAUCGAAGCAUCUCAGGAAACCUUGUAUCGGGAUUCUUGAAGUCGGAAUCUUGAGUGCUCGGAACCUCCUGCCGAUGAAGGGGAAAGAUAACAGACUAACAGAUGCUUACUGCGUAGCAAAGUAUGGGAACAAAUGGGUGCGUACCAGAACGCUUCUUGACACGCUGCAUCCUCGUUGGAACGAGCAGUAUACGUGGGAAGUGCACGAUCCCUGCACUGUGAUAACAAUUGGUGUGUUUGACAACUGCCACAUCAAUGGUAAAGACGAUGCAAGGGAUCAGAGGAUCGGGAAGGUGAGGAUCAGGCUAUCGACGUUAGAGACAGAAAGAAUUUACACACAUUCGUACCCGUUGCUCGUGCUGGCUCCCUCCGGAUUGAGGAAGCACGGGGAGCUCCAUUUAGCGCUGCGAUUCACCUGCACAGCUUGGAUGAACAUGAUGGCUCAGUACAGCAGGCCGUUGCUACCAAAGAUGCACUACGUUCAACCAAUCUCCGUAAGGCACAUAGAUUGGCUGCGCCACCAGGCAAUGCAGAUAGUGGCUGCACGGCUGAUCCGGGCUGAGCCGCCUCUCAGGAGGGAGGUGGUGGAGUAUAUGUUGGAUGUGGAUUAUCACAUGUUCAGUUUGAGGAGGAGCAAGGCCAACUUCUUCCGCAUAAUGUCACUCCUUUCUGGGAUUUCAUAUGUUUACAGGUGGUUUGAUGGCAUCUGCUAUUGGAAGAAUCCAUUGACGACCAUCUUGGUGCACGUGCUGUUUCUGAUACUAGUCUGCUACCCGGAGCUGAUCCUCCCAACCAUCUUCCUCUACCUGUUCGUGAUCGGGCUGUGGAACUACCGGUUGAGAUCAAGGGUUCCGCCACACAUGGAUGCUCGCCUCUCACAGGCCGAGAACACACAUUCAGACGAGCUGGAUGAGGAGUUCGACACAUUCCCAACAUCCCGGCCAUCUGACAUUGUGAGGAUGAGAUAUGAUAGGUUAAAGAGCGUGGCAGGAAGGGUGCAGACUGUGAUUGGAGACCUGGCGACGCAAGGGGAGAGGGCGCUCUCGAUACUGGGGUGGAGAGAUCCGAGGGCGACGGCCAUCUUCAUCAUCUUCUCGUUGAUCUGGGCUGUGUUUCUGUAUGUCACUCCAUUUCAAGUUGUGGCAGUGCUCAUUGGCCUUUACAUUCUUCGACACCCGCGGUUUCGGAGCAAGCUGCCAUCGGUACCUGUCAAUUUCUUCAAGAGAUUACCAGCAAGGUCAGACUCUCUUCUAUGAGAUCAAGAUCAAGCAUUCAGAUUAAAGAAGCUGAGAAUUUAUUGAGUAAAUAAGUUUCAAUAAAGUCUUCAUCAUCAGCUGCAGCUAAAAGCUAAGUUUAGUAACUCACCUUCUAGAGCAGCAUUUCUUCAAUAUCUCCAAUUUGUGUAUUCUGUAACAAUUUUCCCUUUCAAUGUUAUUCAAUACUAUAUUAUUUAAAGAAA